AUGGAGCCCGGAGCGUCGGGGCCCUGGCGAGGCUCCCGCCCCGAGCGCAGCUUGGGCAUGCUUGGCACGCAGCGCGCGGGCCGGUCCGAUCCGUAUGCGCGCCGCGUGCGCCCAUUGGUAUGCGGGAGCCGGCCCGGCGCGGGCGUGAGGCGGGCGCGCUGGCGGGCCGCGCGGGGGAGGCGGCGGCGGGGCACGUCCUCACCCGGAGCGCCAGGACACUCUUCGAACCCCAGGGAACUGAGCCGCGCCUGCGACUCCUUCGCGCCUGAAUUCUCGAGUCCCCGCCGAGAUGGCGACCCCCUACCCCAGAAGCAGCGGCCGAGAGUUCGGUUUCCUAGUCCCCCACGCUCCGAAUUCACCCCCGACAUUGUCAGCGCGGGCACCGUGCGCCCAGGGCCCUCACUGACGCCUCCUCCACGCCGCCUGCCCAGCCUGCAGGCGCAGCGCAAAGAGAAGUCCCGCAACGCGGCGCGCUGGCGGCGCGGGAAGGAAAAUCUGGAGUUCUUCGAACUGGCCAAGCUGCUCCCUCUGCCCGGUGCCAUCUCCAGCCAGCUGGACAAGGCGUCCAUCGUGCGCCUCAGUGUCACUUACCUCCGCUUGCGUCGCUUCGCCGCGCUCGGGGCGCCGCCCUGGGGGUUGCGGGCCGUCGGGCCUCCGGCCGGCCUCGCCCCAGGCCGCCGAGGCCCUGUGGCUCUGGUCUCUGAAGUCUUCGAGCAACACCUGGGCGGACACAUCCUCCAGUCCCUGGAUGGCUUCGUGUUCGCCUUGAACCAGGAAGGAAAAUUUCUCUACAUCUCAGAGACAGUGUCCAUCUACCUGGGUCUCUCACAGGUGGAGCUGACGGGCAGCAGUGUCUUCGACUACAUCCAUCCCGGGGACCACUCGGAGGUGUUGGAGCAACUGGGGCUGCGGUCGGCGACCCACGGACCCCCCACGCCGCCCUCCGUGUCCUCCUCUUCCUCCUCCUCGUCCUCCUCCUCGCUGGUGGACACUCCCGAGAUUGAAGCCAGCCCCACCGAGGCAUCCCCUGCCUUCCGGGUCCAGGAGCGUUCUUUCUUCGUCCGCAUGAAGUCCACCCUCACCAAGCGGGGCCUAAACGUCAAAGCCUCAGGUUACAAGGUCAUUCACGUGACAGGGCGCCUGCGCUCCCGAGCGCUGGGUCUCGUGGCGCUUGGACACACGCUGCCCCCGGCCCCGCUGGCUGAGCUACCUCUGCACGGACACAUGAUUGUCUUCCGCCUCAGCCUGGGCCUCACCAUCCUAGCUUGUGAGAGCAGAGUCAGCGACCACAUGGACAUGGGACCCUCGGAGCUGGUGGGACGCAGCUGCUACCAGUUUGUCCACGGACAGGAUGCAACCAGGAUCCGUCAGAGCCAUCUGGACCUGCUGGACAAAGGUCAGGUGGUGACUGGUUACUACCGUUGGCUGCAGCGCUCAGGGGGCUUCGUGUGGCUGCAGUCUGUGGCCACUGUGGCCGGGAACGGGAAGAGUGCCGGGGAGCAUCACGUGCUGUGGGUCAGUCACGUGCUCAGCCAUGCCGAAGAGGGCCAAACACCCCUGGAUGCCUUCCAGCUUCCAGCCAUUGUGUCUCAUGAGGAUCCAUCCAGCCCAGGGCCAGAGCCCACAGAGGAGGAGCCUCCAGUGGACCCGAAGCAGGCUGCCCCUGUGGACCAGGACAAGGACAAGGACCCUCAGGCCGGAGGCAAAGGCAUCAAAGUGGAGCCCGGCCCGAAGGAAGCGAGAGGCUCCGAGGACAGCGGAGAGGAGGAGCUCUCAGAUCCGCCGGCCGCACCUCGGCCGGAAUUCACUUCUGUCAUCCGGGCGGGGGCCCUGAAGCAUGAUCCAGUACUGCCGUGGGGCCUGACCACUCCUGGGGACCCCUCACCUGCUCUCCUUCAUGCAGGCUUCCUGCCACCGGUAGUGCGGGGCCUGUGUACGCCGGGCACCAUCCGCUACGGCCCCGCAGAGCUGAGCCUGAUGUAUCCACAUCUGCACAGGCUGGGCCCAGGUCCCACGCUCCCAGAGGCCUUUUACCCUACGCUGGGCCUGCCCUAUCCAGGGCCCACAGGCACUAGGGUUCAGCGGAAGGGAGACUGA